UUCCAUUUAUUUCUUUUAUGACAUGUAAAAUGGAAGGCAACGUGAAUAUCAGUGACAAUAGCAGACAUAUUCUUCACCUGUUCCUAACAAGAAGAUGAAAAACAUGUUUUAAAUCCUUCAAUUACACUUUUUGGAGGUUUCGACUCCCAAAGAAUAAUUAAAAAAAAAUGUUACCACCUGCUGGAGGGUCAUCUAGGUCAAACAAAAGAAAGGCAGCUGCCAUAAAUGAAUCUGAUGAAACGAAAUUCCCACGUGUUGCUACAAAGUUUCUGGGGCACCCGCUUAAUCGAUACGAUAUUGAUGAAAUCAAUGUAGAAGGUUCGUUUCCUGAUAAAUUGAGUCGUUUGGCGGCUUUGACAUUAGCAAUACCCAAGGAACAGAAAUGUUUACAAGUUAAAGGAACCACAGCCCGUCAUUCAGAUGGAAGGCGCGUAUUCCAUGGGGCCAUGACAGGUGGAUUCGUCGCUGGCUAUAAUAACACUGUUGGAUCUGCAGAAGGAUGGACACCAACAACUUUUUUUUCGUCACAAAAACAAAGAUCUAAGUUGCGUCACGCAUGUAUUCAAGAUUACAUGGAUGAUGAAGACGUUGAGGAGAUGAUGACUGGUAAACAUCCGUCAGGAAUCUUUUCCACAACCAAUUCUUCAGUAACCAAGUCUAACAUAAGCUGUCCGGAGAACGCUCAUCCGUUUCAAGCAAACGCUUUAGAAUUUUUAAUUGAAAAAAACGUUCCACCUGGACAAAAAAUUUUGACUUCUAUGGGCUGGAAGCCUAGCUUUCUUGCUGUUAUGACAUCAGUUUCUUAUCAAUUACCACCAACUCAAAAACGUCGAUACGGCCCCGACCUGCCGUCUACUCAACCCGUUUCCCAAAGUGGUGAGACACCCAAAGCAUCGUUAAAUGAAGAUGAUAAACUUCUCACAAAUUACCAAAAAAGAAACGAAAGGUGUAAAUUUUUUUUUCAAGAGCUUUUAACUCAAUGCUCAAACAUGAAAAGAGUCAAAAGAUUAACAAAAGAGGGCAUCGGAUGCGACAACAACAUGAUGUCUACCAGAAAAAGUGAAUCAGUGUCUAGAUCGUCGCAACCAUUCGGAUUCGGUAUACUACAAGAUGAUGAAGAUGAAUGGGAUGCAACUGAACAGCAUGCAUCGCUUAGUACAGAGAAGCUUGAUUUGCGUUAUUAUCAAAAUGCUCAGAAGAUUUCGUUUAGCAUUGCUAAAUCUAAUACAGGACCAACGUUAAAUGACAUUUCUUUUUUAAAGUCAAUAGAUAUUCUUGUUCGAUUUCCAGUACCAAGACAAUUUAAUGGAUUAUAUACGCCGAGUGCCGCCGAGUUAAAGCAUAAAUCAGAUUUACAAAUGGGCAACAUAAAAGGUGUUAUUUACGAUCUGUUGAAUCAUCUUAAAAAGAAGAAGACAAUUGCGCAAAUUACGAAUGUUUCAACAACGAUUCCGGCUUUAAAUGAAAAUAAAUUAUCUGAUGUUACACCUUUUAACUACAAAACAAUGACAGAUGAAAAAAUAAAGUUUUUACAACAAUUUUCUACUGAGAAUCGUUUUGUAAAGGAUUCAGAAGUCACUCAUUAUAAGAAUCUUUACUACCCUGACAAUUCCGAAAAACAAACACGUUAUGAUUUGUUCUGUCUCGCGUUAGAAGAAAAAGUACCGGCUAGUUUAAUGCUUGAGUCUCAAAAAAAGUUAUCUGCUGAUGCAGCAAAAGAGGAACGAGUUGAAUUCGGUAACAAUUACCGAGCAUUCAAGGCAAAGCAUCCAAAUUUCGAAUUAAGAUUUGUUGACGUAGGAUUAUCUGCUGUAUCAAAUCUAAUCGCACGUCGCACAUUCUUCAAUUGGGAUCCCGAUCGAAUACUCUGCAAACGAUACCGUGUUCCAUAUCCUUGGGAGCGAAAGAAAUUUGUUGACGAUCGGAUGGUUCCUGGCACUCCCAGUAAAUCGAAUUUUUUUAUUCAGCCGAGUGCUACCAAAAUAACGUCCACGGCUAGUUUUGUCAACACGCUUAUAAGUGGUCUAAAACAUAAACCAAUAGUGGAAAAGACAGCCAAUGUGUCAGAAUCUAUUUCUAUUUCAGUUGACCAGGUUGUUCCGGAGACCAGACCCCCAAUGUCAAUUUUUAAAAGUGUUUUUGGAAGCGUCUCGUCUUCAGUGUAAUUUUACAUGAUUUGCCACUAUCAAUUACUUAUUUUUUGUGAUUGUUGGGUUAGUUUGAGUAAAGCUUCAUAACAUAAAAGUUUUUGCAUUGUAAAUAUUGAAAAUACAAACAAAAAUGAUAUAUUUUAUUUAGUUUUUGAAUUUUUCAGUUGACAGUCGUCAUUGAAACGUCAACAAUAACAGAACACAUAUCAAUAACAGUUUAUCUUUGAAUUUUUAUAGCGUAAAAGUCGUGUAAAUUUUAACGAAAUUUUUUUAUAAGCUUGUUGCAAAACCUUCACAGAUUCCUUUAACAAUAUUCACUAAAAAGCAAAA